UGACAGAACGGCAAGCAAAAGCGACGACGAAGAAGAAGAAGUGCGAAGCGAGGAGGUGGAGGAUGCGCAAUCUGCAUUCCUGAUCACACUGCUCUGCCUGUCAAUUCUCUAUUUCCCUGCGUCCAUCGCCAUCCCGGCCCUUGUCAAUUGUCUUCGGCACACACACACUCACUCUUUCUUUUUACCUAUUGAUUGAGGGGGAGGGGGAAGGGCUGAUGAACUUUAAUGGAGGGAGAUUGGUUAGGGUUUGUGAUUACGGUGUAUAGUGUUUGGGAGAGGAGUUAGUUAGGGAGAAUGGGAUGUUGAGGAGCAGAGGGGUAGUGGAAGGGCGUGGGGGAAGAACACCUUGGGUGUAGUUUUUAGGGAUACGACGUUGUUGUUGUUGUUGUUUUUUUUUUUUUUUUGAAUUAUAUUGUUCUUGAGUGGGACACCAUGGAUGCGUUUCGGAAGCAGUUGGAUGCCCUGAUGGGGGCGAAUCGUAACGGAGACGUGUUGGAAGUGAAGCGGAAUUACUGGGACCGUGAUGUGUGUCGGUUGUAUCUCACUGGGCUUUGUCCUCACGACCUCUUCCAGCUUACGAAAAUGGACCUAGGCCCUUGCUCAAAAGUACACUCUUUGCAACUGCGGAAGGAGUACGAGGAAGCAAAGGCAAAUGGAAAGGACAAUUAUGACAGAGACCUGGAGGAUUGUUUAGAAAAACACAUCGUUGAGUGUGAUCGCAAGAUUCAACGCGCCUUAAAACGUUUAGAGGAUGAUGACGCAGGUGCGGCUACUGCAAUCGCUGUUUCGGAGGUGACACAGUCUCCAGAGGCAUUGGAGUAUACUAGACAAAUCAAAGAGAAGUUGAAAGCGGCAGAGUAUUUGGAUCUGGAGGGGCGAGGUGACGACAAAAUUAGAAUCAUGGAAGUUGUUCAAGAACUCCAGACUAAGCGUGCAGAUAAACAGGCAAUGUCUCUACUGGAAGCUUUCAACAAAGACAGGGCGUUGAUGCCACAGCCGCUUGCUAAUCCACCUCCUCUUGCCCCCCUACCCACGCUUGUGACCUUGCCACCGGAUGCUCGAACACAGGAAAUGAUUAAGGAGAAACUGAAGAAAGCUGAGGAAUUGGGGGAGUUAGGUAUGGUAGAUGAGGCACAGAAAGCAAUGGAGGAAGCUGAAGCCCUAAAAAAGCUGGGAGCAAGACAAGAGACAGUGACGGACCCUGCUAAGCUACUAGCUCCUGAAGUUCGCAUUGCUGAUCAGAAGUUAAGAGUGUGUGAUAUUUGCGGAGCAUUUUUGAGCAUAUAUGACAGUGACCGUCGCUUGGCGGACCAUUUUGGAGGGAAGCUGCAUUUGGGUUAUAUGCAGAUUCGUGAGAAGCUCGUUGACUUGCGGACUCAAGAACGAACCUACGUUGCACCGCUCGGCAUCUGCUUGUUUAGUAGACAACUUCGGUUGGUCAUCUUGUAUGCAGUUAUCAUUUCCCACCAAUCAACACCUUCGGUGGGCAAUGGUACCUUUUUUGCUGAGCGAGCCGCCAGGAAUGCGGGGCCAUUAGACGAUGAAAAGUCUCGAGAGCCCAGUAAAGCUCGGUCUAUGAGUAGAGACAGGGAGAAGGAGAGAGACGUCGAUCGUGAACGAGCGGAUCGAGAAAAAGUGAAGGAAGCUGAAAGAGAGCGUGAACGCGAUCGCGAUAGGGAACGUACUCGAGGUCGUGAUAGGGACCGAGGUCGUGACCACCGCAGUGGAAGUGGAAGGGGAAGAGAUAGAGACAGAGACGGCGAGCGCGAUCGUGGAAGAUCAGACCGUGACUACAAUAGUCGUAGCCGUAGAUCACGAUCGCGCUCAAGAGAACGUUCCAGAGAUAGAGACAGGAGUGAUCGGUACAGGCGACAUGACCGAUAUGCUCGUUAUUGAGACUUAUUUGCAACAAGCGAUCAACAUGCCCUUGAACAUCAUAUGAUUUUGGAUGUCAUAGCAAAGUAAAGUGCCUGGUGGCGCAUUUGAAAGUAGAAGUCUUACCCUGCCAAUCUGGUGACAACGGUUACUGUUCAUAUUCUGGUUCUUCUAAGAGUUUGUGCGCUUCAAGUCCUGUCUUCAUCAUCAGGCUUGCUCUGGCAAUUUGUGGAUUGGGAUCCUAUAUGAUCUAAGGGACAGAAUGUGUAAUCAAGAAGUGAGGGACAGGAUGUAGAGCAUUCGAACUUGUCAAGCGGACUUACAAUGAAUGUGGAUGUCACAAUCCAUUUGUUGAACUAUUUCCAGGAUAUUGAAUAUUGAAUUUUUUUAUUUUAGGUUGGGUCAUUUUUGAA